UCUUUCAAGUGUUAUCCCGUGUUCUCACUUUUCAUGGAAGUUAUUAGUGAAUGAGUUUUUCGGUGGAAAACUUCUAGAAUUUGUGAUCAAAAUUGUUGUGUUUUAUCUACCUCUCUAAUCCUCAUCAAUCCUUGCACUCCAAUUCCGAGAGAAUUAUGAUCAGAAUUGUUCUUGUUGAAAGUACAUAUGUAAUAAAUGAGUGGUUGAGCCUAUAUUUUAUUGGUAUUUUUGAUUUACUAAACCCCAACUCCAAAACCAACCCUGUGAUUCUCUCUCUGGAUUAACCAUUGUCUUUUUCCGGAAAUUAAUUAAUCACUCCUGUGUCCUUAUGCAUGUUGUCAAUUAAGAUAUCCUUUAACAUUAAACAAAGGUGGUUGGGAAGAUUUUGUACGCAAGUUAGAUUCGUUCAUGCAAGGUGUAUGUAUGUGUGAAUGCGUGUGUAUGUGUGUGCUUACAAUCUCUUUUUCAGAAAUCAAAUGGUGGCCCCCCCACAUUUGAGGUUCUGGACACAUCACAAAGAUAGAAAUUUUUUAUUGAUUACAAUUAAAAUAAACAAAAGAAAAUCAAUAAUUUAACAAUAAUUUUGGCAUGGUAUGUAAGCUCACAAUGUUGACUAGACUAUUCUGGAAUUAAGAUAUUUGAACCAUUAAUAAAGUUGUAAACCAAACCAUUGAAUACGGUGAUCAAUGUUUGUGACAGUGAUGACCUUUGGAAGGUUUGUAUUGUGGCUUAUGUGGUUUGAAUAUGCAUGGAUGGUUCAUUUUCUGUUGGCAAUUCUUUUCUUUGUAGUGUAGCAUCAUGGCUAUGCCUAUGGGGCCACGUUUUGAUUUUCUGUUGUGGUGUAGCUGUUACCAGUUUGUAUUCUGAACUUAUCUCAUAUAUUUAAUAAAUGGUUCUGUUGUACAGUGUCAGCAUUGUUCUGACUGAACAGUGCAUGUUGGUAUGAGUUCAUGAUGUAUUAUUAAUGUAAAAAAUCAAUCUUGUAACUAGCAGUAUUAUUUUUUGCAAGCAAAGUUUGAGGAUACAUAUUUAUGGAUGGAAAUCAUUUCUUCUCAUUUAUUGUCUCACUACUUAAAACGAGACUCUUCAUUGCACACAGUUUUUUUUUUCCUUUUCAACAGCACUCUCUCUCUAUAUAUGUGUUCUGUGUUACAUGUAUGCAUGGCAGGACCCUAGAGCAGAAGCAAACACUGCCAUAUGGGAGGGAAAAAAUUUCCUCUUUAUUGGAGAAGUGUUUGAAAUUUGAUAAGCUUUCAUCAAAUGAAGGCAUUAGUUUGACUUUGGUCCUUGUUUCCUGUCAGUUUUAUUUUUUAUGCUUUUCUAACUUCUUUCAUGGAGGGACAAGGUUCUGAAUUCUGAUUGUGUUCUUUGACAAAAAAAUGUUGUGGUUUUUGAAGUUGUGAAAAAAUGCAACUGGGGCAGCCAGAGUUGCAGUUGUGAUCUGAUUGCAGUGAAAACCUUAUGUUGCAGCUGAAAUUACAGUUCAGAGAGGGUGCUGAUGGCAGAUUUAUUCAAAGAACUGUUUGCUCAUUCAAUAGAUUACCCCAACUUUUUUUUAUCUCCUGUGAAUGGAUGACAAUCAUACUGAACUAGGGGCCAAAAGACUGUAACUAUGGAACCAGUGGGACCAACCCACAUUGACUCCAAUCUGUAUUCAGUACUUCCUCAAUUUGUGGCUUUUGGCUUCCCCAAAGUUCUGUUGAACAUGUUUCAAGCAUAAAAGUAACUAAAAUAUAUAUGGUAGUAAUUACUGUGUGUGUUGAAUAUGAACUAUAGUUGUGUGUCUGACAACUAUGAUACUCAAAGAGAAGAGGGGAUAGAUGUUAGAAAGAUGAUGGAGCAUAAAAGGAGUCCCUGCUCUGUUGACCAAAGCAGUUAUACUUCUAUUGCAUCUAAAAGGCAAAAGGCUGAUUUAUCUAUCAGCACUAAGGAGAGGAAGGAGAAGAUUGGGGAACGAAUUGUUGCUCUUCAGCAGCUUGUUUCACCAUAUGGAAAGACAGAUACAUCUUCUGUUCUAAAGGAGUCAAAUGAAUACAUAGGAUUCCUUCAUAAACAAGUUAAGCUGCUCAGUGCUCCAUAUCUUGAAACUUCAGCAGCAGCCAAGAUGCAGGGUAUGGAAGCAUGCAGCCUGAGGAGUAGAGGGUUAUGCCUUGUUCCUGUGUCAUUUACAAUUGGAGUUGCUGAGAGCAAUGGUGCAGAUAUCUGGGCUCCCAUUAAAACUACAACUUCACCUAAAUUGGAGAAUGAUGUGUCUCAAUUUCUUUGACAAAGUUUCUCACUUUUAUUGUAGCCUAAAGGUUGCUAUGCUAAGUUGCUAAAGCAGUGUAGUGGCAUGAAAAUUUGUCAUCAUACAUCUAGAUGGAAUCCUAAUAGCUAAAAUAGUUAAAGCAUUAAAAGAACUUUCUAGUCAUGAAGCUGUUCCACACCUUUAAGAUUUUAAAUGGGUGAUGGGGCUAAGCUUCCUUAAUUUCUUGUGCUGAUUAUUAAGUGUAUAUUUCAAAAUUUCUAGUUGUAUAAUGAUUCCAUGUACUGAUUAGCUUAAUGAAAGUCGUUUCUUGAUUUGAUGAAA